AUACUCAUCCAAACACAAAACGAUCCUUCUAUUGCCGAUGGCUUCAACCUCAUCUAGUAUCGUUUUUGACGACAUUUUUACGACUGAUGCCAUCGAUAAGGAUGGCAAAAAAUUCGAUCGAGUAUCUCGGUUAUAUGCUCGUUCAAAGAACUAUGAUAUGGACUUGACGCUUGACUAUAAUAUCGAACUCUUCCCUCUAGUGAAUGGGGACAGCUUCGCAAUGGCCCUUGCUUCGUCACUGUCACGAGACGGCGGUGCGCCCGCUGCAGAUGGUGAAGACGGUGAAGACAAAGAUAGAGAUGUAUGGAGACCAGAUGGCAAAGGAAGGAGAGGCUUGGAAGAAGAUUAUGACUAUGUAAUGUAUGGGAAGGUGCGGCUCUCUCUCACGGCCUAUGCGUCAUUCGGUGGACUUUUGUUAUCAAUAACUGGCUCGUAUCGUCACUUGACCAAUGUGGUUCUCGGUGAUCCCGUGUACGUACUACUCAGAAAAUGAUCGUCGCGGAUAUUCGUACAAAGUACUUCACAUCUAAAGCCCCCAUUAUGAUGCAUUCUAAUGCACAACCACCAGUGGUCACCCCCGUUGAACUAAGUACGCGAUGUACUUCUACGGCUGUAAGAAAGUUUAACUGUAGUGUUACACCAUGACAGUUGGAUUUGAUUCUGACCCAUAUAUCCGACAAAUAUCCGACCAUACUUAUAU